CACAUCUGAAGACCAGACAAUGUCCUGAAAGCGAGCGCAGAGAGCACCUAGCACAUAUAUAUACCACAUCGACAUCCACAUAGACACACACAUAUAUUUAUAUAUGUAUGCCUAUAGCAGAGUUUAUAGAACUUGCCAGAGGAUUUUGAACAACCGGACUGCCAACGACUAUGUAAGCGCAACUACUAUGUCCUCCGCAGCGGAUUUGAUGGCUCUGUGUUGAGCAUGUGCGGCAAGAGGUGGAAGAGGAUAUGCCCGGAGAUGGAAGGGAUCGCCAGAUGAAGGGUAUGCCCACGCCGCAGUGAUUCCACGGCCGAUCUUCUGAAAGCAGGGAGCUACCGUCCUCUUCUCCCUGAAGCUCCAUCCUUAGCCAUGAGGAUAACACCACUGGGGCUAAGGCUGCUAUGCUUGAUCUGGCUUUGGCCUGCUGCUCUUCUCAGUGACAACCAGUUCCACAGCCGCCGCAAAAACAAGGACGCCUAUAUGGGGGAGAAUGCACGGCACAAGCAUGGAGGGCGUAUAGACUUUAAAAUGAAGAAGUCCGACAGUACCAAGUCUCUGCUGAUUAAAUCAGAGCAGCUGCUACGUAUCGAGGACCAUGACUUUGCCAUGAGGCCUGGCUUUGGAGGGUCAGCUAUUCCAGUGGGAAUCGACGUGCAGGUGGAAAGUAUCGACAGUAUCUCAGAGGUCAACAUGGACUUCACGAUGACCCUCUAUUUAAGACAUUACUGGCAGGACGACAGACUGGCCUUCCCAUCCAGCAACAACAAGAGCCGGACGUUUGACGCUCGGCUUGUGAAGAAAAUCUGGGUGCCUGACGUUUUCUUUGUUCAUUCCAAGCGCUCUUUUAUUCAUGACACCACCAUGGAGAACAUCAUGCUGAGAGUAUAUCCAGACGGCAACAUUCUCUACAGUGUGAGGAUCACUGUGACUGCUUUGUGCUCCAUGGACUUCAGUAGCUUUCCUCUAGAUACACAGAACUGUUCUCUGGAACUGGAGAGUUACGCGUACAAUGAAAACGACCUCAUGCUCUACUGGAAGAAUGGGAACGAUUCAUUAAGGACUGACGAGAUCGUUCUCUCGCAGUUUUUUAUUGAAGAAUUCCACCCUUCCUACGGGCUAGCCUUCUACAGCAGUACGGGCUGGUAUAACAGACUCUACAUUAACUUCAUCCUCAGGAGGCACAUUUUUUUCUUCAUGCUGCAGACCUACUUUCCCACCAUGCUCAUGGUCAUGCUGUCCUGGGUCUCCUUUUGGAUCGACAGGAGGGCCGUCCCAGCUCGAGUUUCACUAGGUAUCACCACAGUGUUGACCAUGUCCACCAUUAUCACGGGCGUCUCAGCAUCCAUGCCUCAGGUCUCCUAUGUAAAGGCUGUGGAUAUUUAUCUGUGGGCCAGCUUCCUGUUUGUCUUCCUGUCCGUUAUUGAAUAUGCCGCCGUUAACUACUUCACCACCGUGGAGGAGAUGAAGAAACUGAAAAGGGGAAAGCUCCCAGUGUCUUAUGAUGCAACCCAGGCCAUGGCCUACGACGGCUGUUUUCACGACAACGAGAUGGACCUAUCACCUUUCCCAGAGCUCCCGACCACACCCAGCACCGAACAGGCCGCACCCCCCCAGAACUCAUCCACAGAGCCGCCGCCCACGGAGGGCACCAGGCUCUGGAGGAAACGCUCGGUCCGACACAACAUUAACUUUAUCAUGAGCAACAGCUACAUGAUCGACUCGUACUCUCGAAUCAUCUUCCCUGUGGCCUACCUGCUCUUCAACAUCAUCUACUGGUCUUUAUACUCCUGAUCAGCUCGUUGUUUAUCGAGACGUUUUGAUACUAGAACACUUUAUCAUUUAAGAGGGAAUAUAAGAAUAUUUUUAUGAGACUGCAGGACCUGCCAGCACUGAUCAGCACUGAUCUGCUUCUACAGGACACUUAUUGAAGCUCUGUCUGACUGGCAUGUGCGACUGGAACAGAGUGCCGGUGUGAGAUUAAUAGAGUGUUUAAAUUUUUGAUGACUUUAAUAGAUAUUUUGCUGCAGAAAUAAUUUAAUGACAACUACAAAGAUAAAACGACUUCUUUUUAUAUGAACUCUACUGUACUUAUUUCUUAUUGCUUAUUACUAAAAUCAUCCUACAGUGCAUGUCGAGGUAUUAACAGAUUUAAGACUGGACUGGAAUUGUGUGUGUGUGUGUGUGUGUGUUUGUUUACCUGGUUAAAUAGAAUCUAAAGUGUGAGUUUUAAAAUCUAAACUAUAAAGUUUUAACAUGUUACUUCCAA